UGCUCGUGAUUUCCCUGCUCUAUUAGAAGUUCCCAUAAAUAUAUUAUAGUGCAUGUUAUUGCCUGGUAUUGCCUGUUUAGAAAUAUUAUUCAAAGUUCCACCUCUUUUUAUAAACAAAAUAUUGGACCUGUUUGUUCUCACAGUUAUAGUUAGUCUCAUCUUUUGGUUAAGUAGAGUAUUCUAACAAAAAAUGUGCCUUUAUUUAGAUGACUUUAGCAUGACUGCGGCUUGUGGUAUCCUAAAAUGGGUUUUGAGAAGGAAUGAGAAGUCUUUGCAAAAUGACGUUAUUCCCAGACGGAAAAAAAAGAAAAAAGCUAGAACUGUUCCAGAAGAUAUUAUAGUAACAGCCCUUGUGGUUUGCCAGCUUCAUCUGUACGACUCAACACAUGAGGACGGAGAUGACUUAGUAUGUUCCAGGAUAAUUAAUUGGGAACAGUUCAUAUAUGACUACUAUCAGGUUAUGCAUCAUGGUGCGCACAUACGGAAUUCAGACAAGUAUGUUGAUUACUGCCACCAAUUGUUAUGUAAGCUGAGAAGAGUGAACCCACAACUAGAUAUAGAUGGAGAAAAAAACAUCUGGAUUUUAAAACCAAGAGCUCUAUCUAGAGGAAGAGGUAAGAGAAUCUGUGAAAUGGGUACUCAAUUGUUGUUUAGGGGGAAAACAAAAGAUAAGGUUACUGGUGGGUGCUCCUCACAGGAUAUUUAUAAAUGACUCACAUACAGUAACUGAAGCAGAAAAUCAUGCAAGGGCUUAUAUAGUAAUAGCUAUUUCUAUA